AUGUCGAGUAGAAACGACGGUAAAAACUUCGACGACGAAACUACCACAGGCCGAGGGACAGUCGGAGAUAGAGGAAGCGAAGGAGGUGGAAGAGGACGCCUGACUGCGCCGAGAAUGUCAUUAUUGGGCCGACCGAUAAACUACAGGGCGACACGCAGAGACGCCCGGUAUCGUAGAAUCCAGACCAACUUCUAUAAUUUUCUUGAGCGGCCUCGAGGCGUUUAUGCUAUCACUUACCACAUGAUCGUGUUCUUUAUGGUCUUCAUGUGUCUAGUACUAUCAGUCUUUAGUACUAUUGACGAAUACGAAAAAGAUGCUGGUUUACUGCUUUACUAUAUGGAACUUGUUGUUUUAAUAUGGUUCAGCGGGGAAUUCUACGUCAUUACCAUUAUGGCCAGUAUAGUAGUUCUGGCAAUGAGAAGCAGCGGUCAAGUUUUUGCAGCGAGCGCUUUUCGUGGUCUUCGAUUUUUUCAGAUAUUACGAAUGGUUCGCAUGGACCGUCGUGGAGGAUCAUGGAAAUUACUUGGCAGCGUUGUCUAUGCCCACCGUCAAGAACUUUUUACAACUUUAUAUAUUGGCUUCCUUGGACUAAUAUCUGCAAGUUUCCUAGUUUACUUAGCUGAGCGUGAUGAUGAGCACUUCAAUAACUACGCAAAGGCACUCUGGUGGGGAGUGAUUACAUUAUGCACUGUUGGCUAUGGCGAUGCAGUCCCCAAAACUUGGCAAGGAAAAAUUAUAGCAUCUUUUUGUGCACUAUUAGGGAUUUCAUUUUUUGCAUUACCUGCUGGCAUUCUUGGCUCGGGUUUUGCUCUUAAAGUACAACAGCAGCAACGUCAGAAGCAUAUGAUCAGACGACGACAACCGGCUGCUACUCUUAUUCAAGCUCUUUGGAGAUGUUAUGCGGCUGAUGAACACAGUGUAAGUGUAGCCACUUGGAAAAUUCAUCAAGUGAUAUUACCGUCUAGUCCACCUGGCCGCUUAUCUUCCAGUUUCAAACACAAUGCGUCAUUUGUCAGUCGAUUGCCAACGAUCCGUCGUCACAAAAGUACAUCACUUCAUAGCCCAGGUACUCAUAAGCUAGCUCAUCAUAAUUAUCAACGUGGUACCGCUUCACGCACAUUUACUGAUCUCAUCGUUUCUACUGAAAACUUAGGUCCGUUAAUGUUGAUAGGAUUAAAUCAUAAUCAUGGGAUUUUGUGCAACGAUGGGAAUGAAGCCGGAAAAAACCUAAAUCCAAGUUAUUCCGAGGACUCAGUAGCUGAAACAGCGUUGUCGAAGAAAAAUUCAGAUGAUGAAGACGAUGAGCCACGAAGGUGUGUCCAUUUGACAAAACAGCACAAGACUGCUAUUCGAGCCAUUCGAAAGAUAAAAUUCUUGGUGGCAAGACGCAAAUUCAAAGAGGCUCUGAAGCCGUAUGACGUUAAAGAUGUGAUUGAGCAGUACAGUGCAGGCCACGUCGACCUCAUCAGUCGAGUUAAAAAUAUUCAAAAUAGGUAUCCCAAAUAUCAUGGUAUCUGUUCGUUCGCUGUUGGUAGUAAUCUGAAAUACUUCGUGGCCCGCAAGAAGUUCAGAGAAGCUCUAAAACCUUACGACGUCAAGGACGUGAUUGAACAGUACAGCUCUGGACACGCGGAUCUUCUGAAUCGCGUGCGAAACCUUCAAUUCAGAUUAGAUCAAAUUCUUGGACGACAGGGCUCAAAAGCAAGAGAUGUAUAUGUAUCCAAAAUCAGCCUUGCAUCCAGAGUCGUAAAAGUUGAAAGACAGGUUGAUGACAUCGAAACAAAACUGGACCAACUAAUAGAAUUAUACGUGGAGGAUCGUAAACGUUUUUUAUCACUUCCAUUACCAAAAAUGGAAACUCGUCAUGUGCCUCAUUCACCGUCGGCUUCUACUGAAGAAACAAAUGUCACAACAGUUCUUAAGCCGAUUUUGGUUGACAAACAAUUGUCAGAACCAAGUUCUCCUACAUCUAAAACGAUACGAUAUACAAAACAACAGAAACCUCGUCAAAUAUAUCGAGGUUAUUCAGAUCUUGGAAGCAGAGUCAAGAAACGAGUUACCCUUAGCUCAAUAACGUCGAACUUGGUACAUUUGGAUGAAGCUUCGACAGCAAGGUCAUCAAGUGUGUACUCGACGACAUCAUUGCCACCUUCAAGAGAGGAUGGAGUAAUUAUCAUUGUGCCUACACUUCCAGAUAGAACUGAAUCAUUGUCUUCAACACACCAAAAGUCAUCGUUGAACGGUGAUUUUGUAACUGUUGAAUGCGACCCAGAUAGAGGGUCUGAAUACAACACUGAAAAUGAUACAGAAGAUACUGGUGAAGAAGCUGCGCUACUAGGUUCUUCUGAAUCACCAUUGACCAAUUCACCAGGUUCGAUUAACCCUGGGGGUAAUACUGAUCCAAUGAAAUAA